AUGGCUUACUUGCACGAGGUGCCCCUGGCAGCAGGCCUGCUCACCGCGCUCGCCUCCUCCGCUGUUCCUACGCCGACACCCACGCCGUAUCACUACUUCCCCUCCUCGUCCCAGCCUUCUCCGACGUUCACAUCAAGUCCCGGGUCUGACAAUGGCGAUGGUGGAAGUGGUGGAGGAAUGCACGAAUGGUCUUCCCUGAUUGGAAUCGUGACUGCGCUGGCUGGCAAUGUGUUGAUCUCCUUGGCGCUCAACAUCCAGCGGUAUGCUCACAUUCGUAUCGAUAAGGAUGAGCGUUUGCGCCGCAAAUCGUAUCUUCGGUCGCCGUACUGGUGGGUCGGAAUCGUGCUCAUGUCACUUGGCGAGGUCGGGAAUUUUAUGGCCUAUGGAUUUGCUCCGGCGUCUAUCGUGUCACCGCUCGGCGUUGUUGCCCUCAUCUCGAACUGCGUUAUCGCGCCAUUUAUGCUGAAGGAGAAAUUUAGACAGCGUGACUUGUGGGGCGUUCUUAUUGCAAUCGCAGGAGCGGUGGUGGUUGUCCUCAGCGCGAAGUCGUCAGAAGAGAAGAUCGGCCCUCAUGAUAUCUGGGAGAUGAUUACACGCUGGGAGUUCGAGUUGUACCUGGGCGUUUCCGCUGUGCUUAUUGUCGGGCUCAUGUGGGCAAGCGGCAAGUACGGAUCGCGAUCGAUCCUGAUCGAUGUCGGCUUGGUGGCGUUAUUUGGUGGAUAUACUGCUUUGUCGACCAAAGGUGUCUCAUCGCUGCUUUCGUUUACGCUAUGGCACGUCAUUACAUUCCCAGUUACCUAUCUUUUAGUCUUCGUCCUUGUUUUCAGUGCUCUUAUGCAGAUCCGGUACAUCAAUCGAGCUCUGCAACGGUUCGACUCAACUCAAGUCAUCCCCACGCAGUUUGUACUUUUCACACUCUCCGUGAUCAUCGGAAGCGCUGUCCUGUAUCGGGACUUCGAGUCGUACACGGCUGAGCGUGCAUGCAAAUUCGUGGGCGGUUGUGUCCUGACAUUUAUGGGGGUCUACUGUAUUACCAGCGGCCGUGUACGCGCAGACAAUGAGUCUACCUUCUCUAUCGAUGACGAGGAGGAGGCUAUCGGCUUGUUAGGCGGAGACCGUUAUCACGACAGGGUCGACAUGUCUCCUCCUGCUCCCCAAGCUCGGGCCCAUAAAACAGGACGAAGAGCCCGCACGCCCGCGGAUGAUCAUUUGCAGUCUCCUUCGGGGUCCCUCCUCAGCCAUGGUAUCGAAGAUGUGGAUGACGACCAGCGGACACCCAGGGGCGUCUUAUCGGCUGCACCAUCUUCCCCCCGCGGCUCACUAACCGCUGAGUCUCUCGAACAACCGUCUUCGGAGCCUUCGUCGCCCAUGCAUGCUCGUUCGCUUUUGACGAACCCAUGGGCAGACUCUCUCGAGUCAGCCAUUCAACCCCCCAAUGCCGAACCACCGGUGCAUCGCCCUGCUACGCCCCCGGCUCAGUCGGAGCUUACAGCACACGACUCACCGUUUCUUCUCCGCUUCCCUCCUGCUCCUGGCGCUGAGGAUGCGCCGGAAGGCCCGAUACCGGGACAUGGACGGACUCCAUCAAACGUUCGGAAAGCCAUUGUCCCGCAGACGCCGCCCGCUCGGCAUUUACGAAAUUCCAUCUCAAAAUUUUCGCCUGGUCCUCUUCUGCCGACCAUUUCGGCUGGCUUUAGUGCAGUAGUGGCUGAGACGCUACGCCGCGGCGAGAUAAGUCCCAAUAAAGGACGAAGACUGCGCCACCGGAUGGACCGGAGAAAGCAGUUAAGCACAACGGUCUUGGAAGGAUUCCCUCGGCAGCGUAACGGAGACGCCAGAGGAGGCGAAUAUGAGGCGGAUGGCAAUCUGGAAAACGCUCAUGACCUUGGGUUUCCGCUUUCUACCAGCCGGCUUCCAGGGACUGGUGCCCUUGCAACUGCUCCAGUAAGUACUGGGGAUCUGACACCUGCUGUCGACUCGGAGGACGGCCCCAUCAGCCAGCACGAAGAUAACACCACCUCACUUUCGCGGCUUCGCAGCCUAAGUGACUCCUGGAGCGGUGGUCUCGCCUGGCUAGGUGGCGUUCUUCAUAAACCGGGGGCGAACAGAGGGUCGGAGGCUACGACGAGCAUCCAAGAGAACGAAGGUGAAGACGGCGCCGAGUCGCAGGGGAACCAAGAAGGGCAGGGUACCGGCGCAGGUACGCGGGCGUAA